CCACACUUUUGUGCAUUGGAGAAUGACACAAAGUUUUGCAUCUCUCUCCUUAAUUAUAUAAACAUCCUAAAUUAGUCUUGGCCCUCUUCCUCCUCCACCUCUUCUCACUAUGCUUCCUUAUGAGACUCUUGAAGAAUCAAAAAAUGUAUUAGGUAGAGAUCUCACACUUGGUGAGACACUAUGGUUCAAUUACUCGGUCAAAAAAUCUGAGUUUGUUCUUCAUGGCCACAAUACUUUAUUCUUGUGCAUCUUUUACUCUAUAGCCACAAUUCCAUUCAUAUUGAUUGAACUUAGUGGACACAAGAAAUUGAACAAAUACAAGAUUCAACCUUCAGUGACAAGGUCAUUUUGGGAAAUGUUCAAGUGCUACAAAAAUGUUAUGUGGACAUUCAUUGUUACAGUUGGUCCUCUUCAGAUCAUUUCUUAUCCUACCAUUAAGUGGAUUGGGAUCAGGACUGGUUUGCCAUUGCCAUCAGGUUGGGAGAUGUUUUGGCAAUUACUAGUUUACUUUGUUAUAGAAGACUAUACAAACUAUUGGCUGCAUAGGCUGCUCCAUUGCAAAUGGGCUUUUGAGAAUAUCCAUAGAGUUCAUCAUGAGUAUAAAACACCACUUGGACUUUCAGCACCAUAUGCCCAUUGGGCUGAGAUUUUGAUAUUGGGCUUCCCUGCCUUUCUUGGCCCAGCACUGGUUCCAGGGCACAUUCUAACCUAUUGGUUAUGGUUCAUUUUGCGACAACUAGAAGCCAUUGAGACGCAUAGUGGAUAUGAUUUUCCUUGGAAUCCCACAAAAUAUAUACCAUUUUAUGGAGGUUCUGCAUACCAUGACUAUCAUCAUUAUGUUGGUGGAAGAAGUCAAGGCAAUUUUGCCUCAGUAUUUACCUAUUGUGAUUACAUUUAUGGAACCGAUAAGGGGUACCGAUACAAAAAGCGAAUGUAUGAGAAAAUAUCUCCAACUAACACUUUCAAUGUUCAAAACUACAAGGUGGACUAGUUUUUUACUGCUCUCACAAGGGACAAUUUUAUUUUUGGUCAACACUCUCAUGGGACAACUUAUUUGAAUCAUUUAUGGUUUUUUUAAAGUCAUUUAGUUUAUUUAAUAAAUAUGUUAUAAUAUAUUUCACAAAAAAUAUGUUAUAAUAUUGUAUUUAUUAUUACCAUUAAAAUUUAUCGUAAAGUUGUUAAAAAGGAGUUUAUUAUUUAAAUAAAGAUUACAAAGUUACAAAUGUAGGAA